AAAUGGCGUCAAAACUUCACCGCGCCAUGCACACAAAAAAUAUGCUUCGAAAAAUAAAAUACACCCAAACAGCAAAAUUACUGUUCUAUUCGCUUGAACUUUGUUGAAGAACAAAGCUCGAGUCGAGAUUUCGAGUUCAUGUCUUGUUGUAGCUUGCUUGGGUUGUACCUUGAGGAUUUCAUCUCGGGACGUUGGAUGGCUUGAUCUCAUCAUAGAUUUUGUUCAAGAUGAAGCGGAAGCAAAAUGACCCGGUGGAAGGAGAUGCGAAGAGAAGCAGACCUUCUGAAGAUGCCGAACCCGGCUCUCAACUAUAUCGUGCCCCGACUGGGGAAGAAAUGACGGCUAUUCGUGAAACGGAGGGCUCAUUCCGUUCAAAUUUGUUUCGUCUCCAGACAAGCGAGCUUCUAAGCGAAGUGAACACAAAGCCGCGCUACUCGGCGCUGGACAAAGCUCUCGCAGUGGUCAAGCAGCACUUGGAAGGUCUUCCCGCCGUGGAGCCGUUCAAGCUGGCUGAUGAAGCAGCAUGGCUUCCGGCAGGCGUUGUUUUCCCACUGCCCAAGGAGCUCCUUGGCAACUGCACGAAGGAUGCCACGUUCUCGUUCUCUGCUCCAUCGUCUAUCAAUGUCAUUGGCUCCUAUCUGCUGGGUACCCUCACCAAGCCAUCGCUCAACAUCGAUCUGGCAGUGCAGAUUCCUGCAGAUUCUCUGGAUGAUGGCGAUCACCUAAAUCAUCGUUAUGUUCACAAGCGAGCAGCCUAUUUGUGUUAUCUGGCACACCAUCUCACUCGCUGUUCUGCUGUGAGCAGAGUGGAGUUCAUUUGCCUACACAGUCGCCUGAUGCCAGUGCUAGCGGUGACCUUGACUGGAAAACCUGGCCAGCGCUUUUCACUGCGAGUACAUCCGGUUGUGAAUGACGCUGCUUUCAAGCCCACCCGACUAGGUCCAGCGCGCAACUGCAUUCGCCGCAAGAAGUUCUUCAAGUCGGUGUCAGCUGACUCAGAGGGUGAAGAGCCGGCCACACCGUACUACAACAGCCUGUUGUUACGCGACAUGGCUCCAGUGCGUCACCUGGCCAUGCUGCACACUGCCUUCCAGCAAUGCCCGGCCAUGCCUGAUGCCAUGCGCCUGCUGAAGGUCUGGCUGCGUCAACGCUCACUGGACAAGGGUCUGCGAUCGUUCAAUGGCUUCCUCGGCAGCAUGCUUGCCGCCCAUCUGCUGAAGACGAAUCAGAUCAGUCGCACGAUGAGCAGCUAUCAGAUUCUGCGAAUGAUCCUCAGGACACUGGCUCAAUCUGACUGGACACAGAAAGGACUGUUCAUGUUCGAAGGCGAGAACACGCCAUCACCUGCGGACUUCCACGGUACCUUUGAGGUGGUGUUUGUGGACGAUUCCGGCCACCUGAAUCUGACAUCGCACAUGACGGAGGCCAGCUAUCAUGAGCUUACCCACGAGGCAAAGCUGGCUUUGGCCUGCCUGGACGCACGAAGCAGUGAUGCCUUUGACAGCCUGUUCAUGCAGGCCGUCAAACCGUCGCACAAGUUUGACCAAGUCAUUCAGCUGACUAACGUGUCGCCGCUAAAGCGCUCUGACACUGCGGCCUGGCAGGACCGCUGCCUGGCAGCUGGCGGCGAGUGGCUGUGCGCUGGCGAGCGUUACGCCGGCAGAGUGCUGCGUCGUGGACUGGGAGAGCGCGCCACACUGGUGUCUGUGCACUGCGACUCCAAGCUGCAGUGGUCGAUUGGCAAGGCACCAGUCAAGCUGCAGUCCUCCACAAUAACCGUGGCCCUGCUCCUAGACCAUGCUCCAGCGUUUGCUAUUGUACAACAUGGACCAGCGGCAGACGCGACAGAGGCGGCAGAUUUCAGGGCGUUCUGGGGCAAGAAGUCCGAGCUGCGCCGCUUCCAGGACUCCUCCAUCCUCGAGGCGGUCGUGUGGUCGUCGAACUCCGUUGCAGAGAAGAGGACCAUCCCGAGCAGGAUCGUGUCUCACCUCAUGGAAAGACACAUGUCCUUGCCGGCAUCGUCGAUUAUUGACUGCACACGACCAUACGAUGCACUACUACAGCCAGCACCGCUAGUCAAGACGUCUACAUCACAUUUACCCGACGGCUCCAGUGGCUUGACUCAGGGCGAUAAUGGAGAUGAGGAGAUCAUUCCUAAGAACAGCCAGCAGGCAAAAGCACUGUUGGCCCUGGAGAAAGCUGCUGCUGAAAAGAACAGGAAGAAGCCGAAAACUGCAUUUGUUGGUACGGGUGAGGAAGAGACCAGCAAGAUUGUGUCUGCGUUUGAGUACCUAGCCCGACACUUGCGCGCCAUGGAGGAUCUCAGCCUGGAUAUCAUAUCCGUACAAGGUGCCAGUCCUCUAUUUCGACACACUGACGUAUUUCCCACCCCGAUCGGUAUGCGCUGCAAGGGUGCCAAGAGUCUCUCUGUGGCACCGCCACAGGGCAAGAAGGUGGCGAAUUGGCGCAGCGGUGUUUUGCUGCCCGGAGUCCUGCGCUCUCCUCCCUUGGCGGAUGUCUUUGAUGUGGUAUGCCAUCUGGAGGGCUGCGGCUCUUGGCCGGACGAUGUAGACGCCAUUGCGCGCGUCAAGGCCACGUUCUUCCUGCAGCUUGCCGCUAUCCUGGAGCAGAAGCACUCGAUCACCUCGGUGCCCACGCCUACACAUCUCUACAUCUGCGUGAAUGGCUACGUAUUCCGCAUGGCCAUUGCACACGCGUUUGAACUCACCCUGCUGGAACGCAGCGACGCGAGUAGCGCCGAGUCCACCACGGGAGCGGCGGGCACUGUUGCUGCCGUGACAACGCAAUCGGUCGGUAUGGCAACCCCGGCGUCGGCGGCGCUGACGGUGAGCCCGCGCCUGACGGAGCUACAGCGUCACACGGUCGCCAUGCCGCUGCACACGGGCCACGUGCACAGCCUGAGCCAGCAGUACCCGGCCUACUCCAUGACCUGUCGCCUGGCCAAGCGCUGGCUCUCCAGCCAGCUGAUGGCGCGCUUCUUCAGCGACGAGAUCGUCGAGCUGCUGGUCGCGUAUCUCUUCAUCAACCCAGGUCCUUUUCAGCCGCCAGGGUCUGGCAUCAGUGGCUUACUGCGUUUCUUCACUCUCCUGGUGACGUUUGACUGGGCUGGACAACCGCUCAUCGUCAACAUCGCCUCGGAACUCAACAGUGAGGGCAUUGGUCAGUUGACAUCAAUGUUCCAGUCACGACGUCAACACCUGCCUGCGAUGGUCAUCUUCACACCGUCUGACACCAACAGCUCCUGGACUGCACACAAGCCACCCCUGCUGGCUCUUCGACGUUGUCAGUUGCUAGCUCAGCAGGCCAUGUCUGGUCUGGAAGAUCAAGUAAUGUCUACAACUGCGUCAUGUGAUCGACGAGUGAUGUUUCGUCCAUCACUCGACGACUUCCACGUUCUGAUUCACCUGCGUAGCCGUCACAUUCCGCACCUCUACCAGUCGCUGGCCAGGUCACAGCAGCAGGCGGUGGAGGUGGAAGCGGAUGACCUUCUGUCCGGUCCGUUGCAACUGCCCGUUGCUGGCUUUGACCCGGUCAAGCUGUACCUUGACCAGCUAGAGGCGUCUUACGGCCACGUGGCUCUCUUCUUCUACGACCGGUAUGGUGGUGUUACCAUUGGUGUUGUCUGGUUGCCACAGUCGGCAGAGACACCGCAGUUCAAGAUUUCUACAGCAAGUGGUUUCUGCCCUGUCCCUGCUCCAAAGAAGGGUAAGAAGUCCAAGUCGGCAAGCAACGAUGCUGUCCCAACUACAGUCUGUUUCAACAAGGCAGCAGCGCUGGAUGACUUCCGUAUCCUUGGCACCGGUCUGGUACGGCAAGUUGAAGAGCAAGAAGAAGCUUAGGCGACUAGUUGUACACAGUGCGGCGUGUGAAUAUCGUCAGCACCUAUGUUCAAGCUGCCCAGCUCCAUGGUUAAACUCGCUCGAACGAACUUGAGUCCUGCCACUCACACAGGUGUGUGUGUGUUUCUUUUUUUUGGGAGUCCGGCAUAUACAUGCGACAUGUGUACGGCAUGUGUCCACGCUGGCCACGUCGUGUUGGCAGGAAUGCGUAGUGGCUGGUCCUCCUCGCCGUGGCGUGCAGUCUGUAUAGCUGCUGUCUUACUGGUGUUUGUAUCACUCUCUAUGUGUGGCUGGUGUGUGUGCGAGGAGGGUACACGUUGAUGCUCCUCUCACUAGGGUCGAGUAGUGUGUGAUGAGAGGCACACAGAUUUUUGUGGAUUGCAGUGCUCGGAUGCUGUUCAGCAGUAGUAGCGCACUGCAGUCGCCACACGCUUGUCACACGGCCGUGCUGUCAACUAGUAUGGUGACAUCGCGCCAUCUAUGGACACGAUGUCAUUGCUUGACCUACAUGUAUUCCUGCAUGCAAGAGUACAAAUAUAACUACUAGUGCCCACGGGUGUGCAGUUCUGCAUCUGGGUUUUCAGCAGUGAAGCUCACAACACGUUGUGUGCCACCCCAGAAAGUUUAUUUUUGUACAAUGGAGUGCGCAUGUGCGCAUGUUUCCUUCUGGGAGUGCACUUUUCUCUCUUUUCCUUUUUGCUGAACCGUCCAGGAUACCUGUACACACAGCAAAGACACUGCUCUGUAAUAUGUUACUAUUUGCCGUCUA